GGUCACAAUACAGUCUAGUCGAGGCCGACAUUUUUGUGGUUAGCAGAGUCCGUGUACUUUCAGGGCUGCAGCGCUAGCCUCCACUGUGUUCAAAAGUACUGCCGUGGAAGAAGAGCCAGCUGGGGGUUUUUUGUAUACCUUCUCGCCAUAAAUCUUCAAUGUUUUGGCCUAGAGCCUCGUAACAACGAUAAUCCACGGCAUGAAUUUUUCAGCAAGUUGUGACUACCGCGGUGAGGGGCGAGUCCUCCAACAUUCCAUAAUAAUGCAGAACCUUGACAAACUUGUGUUCCAACCUGAAGACACGGUUUUAGACGUCGGCUGCGGAUCAGGCGAAGAGACCAAAACAAUAGCAUCAAAGGUCAACAGUGUAACAGGUGUCGAUUCUUCGGAAGAAAUGAUUGCAGUUGCCCGUCAGAACAACGCGGCUUCCAAUAUCACAUAUCUCGUAGGGGAUGCUCGGUGUGUAGGAGAUAACCCAGAUUGGAAGGAAAAGUUCGACAAGGUUGUGAGUUUUUUCGUGCUUCACUGGAUCCCCUUUGCGGACCAGCUGAGAGCCCUGAGUAGCAUUUUGACGUGCUUGAAGCCGGGAGGGGAGGGGUUAUUCAUUAACAGACAAUGAUUACGGUGGCUUCGACCUGGCUACUGCGGCAAACCUUUAUGUGAAGAACCACGCAAAGUGGGGCCAGUUUGUAAAGGUACGGCAAGCUCCUGACAUGACGCACGCAGGGAAGUGGUAUUUUUCAAAUUCUACUCAGUUCGACCCUUUGAACGUCUGUUUGCUUUCAAGCAACCAUGAAGCAACAGUUACUGGAGUAAUAUUUCCUCAAAUUCACAGUUCCCCCUCAACCGCCAUAGAUAGUCCUAUGUACGCAGUGCUUCAUUUUUUUAAUAAGGUUCCCAAACUGUGAUUGCACCGUGAGGAUUAUUUCUCACCCUUCAGACUUUGAAAGAAAAAAUGUGGAACCUUGACAUAAUACGAUCCUCAUAUUGAACAGAAUGUACCAGCACUAGGCUGUAUAGGCCUGGUUUGCAGCGUUUUUCUAAAGGUCGCAGUCCAAAUUGAAUUUGUUUAGUUAAGUUUAACGCGUCCUGUAGUCAAAAUUACGAUGUCCUCGCGAAUUAAAAAUUAAGCUUUAACAAUAGCAGUUCAAAGACACAAUGUCCCUCAGUUUCAGUAGUAAAGCCUUCUUUUGUUCUUACAGGGUUACGAGUGGCCUUUGUACACAUGGAAUCAAUCCAUUCCAGACACUGUUCAACUGCUUAAGACGUUUGGCUGUACAAGUGUAGAGUGUGAC